AUGAGCAACCCCACGCCCGAGAAGAGAGCGAACGAGGGGAGAUCCGCUGCGACCCCAGAAUACUACCCUCCUCCGCCAGGCCCACCGCCGAAUCAGACGUCUGCACAACAUCCAGACGAACAGCCGCUUCCAGACUACACGAUUCCAACAUACAUUCCGUCGAGCCCCAGCUAUGCACAUGCGCCGGCGCCGGUGCCGUCAGCUCAGCAUGGCCAGGCGUUUGGAGGCACGGCAGUGCACGACGACCAUUCGGGCCACCACGGCUCGUCGAACGGCUCCAAGCCUGACCUGGCCGACCGUCUGUCGGCUUUGGGAGCGAAGGCGUCGUCACCCAUCAACAUGCUUGCCAACAAGCUGGGCUCGGAGGGUUUUCUUCCGGCGUCGAUGGACAAGGAGUGCGAGAAAGCGGCGAGGAUAUUGAGGGGAUUUUGCAAGGACGGAAUCUACGCCGACACCGAGAAGACGCAGUCGUCGACGGAUGAGGCGGCGGGCAAGGGCAAGCAGAAGCAGAAGCAGGUGUCGCGGGCGAUCAUCACGAUUCCGGCCAAGGUGUUGCAGCGCGCCGUGGGCCUGGCCGUGUUCACGACGGGCCGCGUGGGAUUCCACGUGUCGGGUGCGACGGGCUCUGGUGUGCUGGUUGCGCGUCAGUCGGACGGUGGCUGGUCGCCGCCGUCGGGCAUCCAGAUUCACUCGCUGGGCGCGGGCUUUGUGUACGGCGCCGACAUCUACGACUGCGUACUCGUGAUCAACACGGAGGAGGCGCUGAACGCGUUUCGCAACACGCGACUGUCUCUCGGGACGGACCUGGCGGUCGUCGCUGGUCCCUGGGGUGCGGGUGGCAGCCUCGACAUCGCGGCGCCCAAAAGCAGCAGCAGGUCGAGCCAGAGCAGGCCUGGCAGUGCCGAGAGUGGCGGCGGCGGUAGCGGCGGCGCCGGCUUGCAGCCCACGAGCACGACACAGACGUCGGGUGGCAGUCCGGGCAAGAAGCCGUCAAAGCUGCGCAGCGCCGCAUCCAACGCGGUCUACUCGUACAUCAAGUCGCGCGGCGUGUAUGCGGGCGUGCAGGUCGACGGCACCGUGAUUGUCGAGCGGAACCAGGCCAACACGGCUUUCUACGGGGCUCGUGUGCCGGCGACGCGAAUUCUCCGCGGCGAGGUGCCGGCCGGCAGCUGGAUCAAGUCCGCGGCGGUGCUCAUGGACACGAUCCGGGGUGCCGAGGGUCGUGCCGCCGCAGGUCGGCCGCCCCAGGCAGAGCCAGCACCGGGGCAAUGGCAAGGGCAGCAACAGCAGCAACAGCAGCAACAGCAGCAACAGGGACAACAACAGCAGGGACAACAACAGCAAGGACAGCAACAGCAAGGACAAUCCCAGGCACAAACAUAUCCCAAGACGUCGACAGCCUCACAGAACUCGGAGACAUGGGCGAAUGCGGCCCCAGCAACAAUUGUGAUGCCGAGGGCGGGACCGCUGCCACCACAGUAUUCGGCCGAGGCAGAAAGCAACACCGAACAUGAUCUGCCACCAGCAUACGAGGAGCCUGGCCAUGCUUUCCCCGGCGUGGGCGAUAGCAAGACGACGCAUUGA